AUGGACGACCACUGGAAGAGGUAUAACGGAGGGGUAACGCAACACGUUGGUUUGCUGCAAGGCCACCAAAGCAAGCGCAUUACCGGUAGCUUUCUUUUCUUUGCACCUGUGGCACCACCAACGUCUUCCAUCUAUGCUCGUUUUUCAUCUGCUGCUCCGAAGUUUGUCCAAGACAGACAGAGGAGUCAGUUCAUCACCUUGUUUUCAUUUGUCGUCGUCGCAUUGCGGGCCGUCGGUUUGGAUCUUCAUAAGUUCACAAGUGGAACUUCGUUUCGAAACCCAUUUGGUUUAGCCAUGUCAGGAUGCGCUUACUGUAACCUCCUCUCAACGGCCCUGAGGUACUUCUCAAACCACGACAACUACUUUGAGGAGCAUAUGAUGCUUGUUGAGACUGGGGCACCCACUGCGACGGUAGAGUCCUUGUUGGCCCCCUUUAUCACAGCGCCGCCUGUCUUGUUUCUGGCCACUGAAGUUCUGAAUGAUACCGGUAGCACCCUCACUAAUCCGUUCGUGUCUUUUCGUACAAUUGUCCCUCGUGGCAGACACCCAAUAAGCCCACGCCGCUCCGACAUACCAACAAUGCCAACCCGACUAUUAGACAUUCAAUUUAUAUUAGCAGCAGUGGUCGUCUCAUGCCUUCUUCCCAAGCUCGUCGCAUGCUACGCUUUUUACAACACUUACCUUCAUCCACUGCGCGAUUUCCCAGGCCCCCUACUCUGGCGAGCAUUUCGAUUUCCCUAUGUGGUCUCAACACAACGAGGAAUACUUCACAGACAGCUCAAAACGUUCCACACCCAAUAUGGGCCGGUUGUGCGCAUCGCCCCAAACGAGCUAUCUUACGCUGAUAGCCGAGCAUGGAAGGAUAUAUAUGGAAAUCGACCCGGCCACUUACCGUUCGAAAGAAACCGAACCUGGUUUCAGAAGAUGACACAUGAUGAGCCAAAUUCGAUUAUGGGUUUCAUAGAAGAAGACCAUGCACGGUAUCGGCGUGCAUUCGCCAACGCCUUUUCGGAAAAAAGCUUGAAAGAGCAGAUUCCCGUAGUCGAGAAAUACGUCGACCUCUUCAUGAAUCAGAUCAAAGGGCCGAUGUUCGAGCGUCAGUGGAAAGAGAAGGCUAUCGAUCUAGCUUCGUGGUUCAACUUCUUGACUUUUGACAUUUCCGGUGACUUUACGUAUGGCGAAUCGUUCGACUGUGUGAAGACUGGUAAGGCGCAUUGGUGGGUUGAAACCACACAAGAUUUUGGUAAAGGUCUUGCUAUGAUUGCUUCUAUCAACCAGUAUCGCCCCAUUGAUAAGCUCUUGCGAUUCGUCAUCCCCAAGAGCAUAUUGCAAAAGUCAAUGAACCAUCGUGAGAUGAGCUAUGCCAAAGCACGGAAGAGACUUGCACUAGACGUGGAGAGACCGGAUUGGGUGCAUCCAACGCAAAAAUACAAUGAGCAAAAAGGUGCAUUCACAGAUGGGGAAUGGGGCAUCAACCUGCUCAUCAUCGCUUUCGCCGCCAGCGAGACCACGGCUAGCACGCUUACCGCCAUCGCAAGAGAGCUAGUACAGCAUAAGGGUGCCCUCCACCGUCUGACAAACGAAAUUCGUGAAGCCUUUCAAACGGAAACCGACAUUACUAUUGCCUCCACGGCUAACUUGGAAUAUCUCAACGCAGUCAUCAACGAAGGCAUGCGACUGAAUCCAGCUGUAGUCAUUGGUGUUCCUCGCAUCGUACCCGAAGGCGGUGAUACGGUCUGUGGGAAAUGGCUACCAGGAGGCACAUAUGUGACUUUCAACCAAUUUCCCGCCUACCGCCAAGCCUACAACUUCAGCUACCCCAACUCCUUCAUCCCUGAGCGCUUCCUCGAGAAGCACAGAAAGGCGCAAGACAAUAUGGCGGCCUUUCAGCCUUUUCAAAUUGGCCGCCACAUGUGCAUUGGCUUGAAGGUCGCUUACGCGGAGAUGCGCGUAGUCUUGGCCCGGCUCGUGUGGAGCUUCGAUUUGCGGCUGGCAGAUGAGGCGGAUAGAUGGGAUUGGGGAGAGCAGAAGACGUAUAUUUUUUGGGAUAAGAAGCCGCUGAAGGUGGUUCUCCGCCGUGCGCAAAAGUCGUAG